CGUCUGCGAGUCAACAGCAGACCUACAGCGCCACAGAGAAGAAAAUUACAACUGUCACUUAGAAGUUGUCCUCAUUUUACCUCUUCGAAAAAACACUGGGAUAAUACUGAGAUUGAAAUUGCCAAGAAUUAUAAAUUAUUUAAGGGCUGCCAAUUAAGCACAGAUAUCUCCUAGAGAUUUCCAACACUAGCAGUUAUGGGUAACAGCAAGAGCGGAGCUGUAUCGAAGGAGAUCCUUGAGGACCUGAAACUCAGUACCAAAUUCACAGAGACUGAGAUUGUCCAGUGGUAUGAAAACUUCAAGAAGCAGUGCCCAUCAGGCCGCAUCUCAAAAGAAGAAUUUCAGAACAUCUACCGCAAGUUUUUCCCGGACAGCGAUGCCAACACUUACGCCCAGCAUGUCUUCCGCUCCUUCGACACUAAUGACGACGGCACGCUGGACUUCAAGGAGUACAUCAUUGCCCUCCACAUGACGGCAACAGGGAAGACCACCAGCAAACUGGAAUGGGCAUUCUCACUUUUUGAUGUGGACAAGAAUGGAUACAUCACCAAGUCAGAGGUCACAGAAAUCUGCACGUCGAUUUUCAAGCUGAUACCAAAAGAUGAAGUGGAAGAUCUACCUGAGGAUGAAAACACACCAGAAAAGAGGGCAAACAAACUCUGGAAAGUCUUUAAUAAGGAAGACAACGACCGAGUUGCAGAGGGAGAAUUCAUCAAGGGCUUGUUGCAAAAUGAAGACGCCCUCCGUUUGAUUCAGUAUGAGCCUUUAAAAUAACCUCAGUCUGACCGAUCCAUCGCUCUCUCUCUGGGUCAAUCUGUAGAUGCAGUGGCACCUGAUGGUAUCCUCACACAGCAUAAACAAAUAGGCCGUGUAUACUGCCCCUUACAAAAUACUGAAACCUGACCUCCUGCUUGGUUUCAUGCUUGUGUCCUGUGCAUGUGUGCUGUCCAAGUUGUUUGUAGUUUAAAAGAUGAAAAUCUGGGGAGUGGAAUGUGAUGCAAGCAGAUUACAUUGAUGGUAAAAUAACUUUGUGAAUAUGCUUUCCAGCAGAUAUCUAUAACCUGCUGUCUUUCUACUACUUGAUAGACAGAGAUAUCCCAGGACCCAUUCAGCACAAGGUCUUUACAGUGAAUAAAAUACAUGAUAUACGUGAUUUUAUUAUGAAUUUUGAUGCAGCCAGUAGUUUAGAGCAAAUAAAAAGGAUAUAAUGAAGGUUUGUUUUGCUAUAAUGUUUUCACUGUACCAGUAAAUAAUAACAUUGCUAUUCUUUGUAAACCUUGACCAACAUGCAAUACUGUUUUACUGCUUUAGCCAAAUUAGUCUUUUACCAUUUUUGCUUAACCAUGGGGCACAGUUUUACAUGUUUGAUGUUUAAGUGAUUAAUAUGGAAAGUGGUGUUGGUCCUAGAUGUUCCUUUGUAAUAUAUGGAAUAAA